UAUUUUUAUCAUCCAUCAGGCAACAUACUGUUUAUUUUUAUCAUCCAUCAGGCAACAUACUGUAUAUUUUUAUCAUCCAUCAAACAACAUACUGUUUAUUUUUAUCAUCCAUCAGGCAACAUACUAUAUAUUUUUAUCAUCCAUCAAACAACAUAUUGUUUAUUUUUAUCAUCCAUCAGGCAACAUACUAUAAAUAUUUAUCAUCCAUCAAACAACAUAAUGCUUAUUUUUAUCAUCCAUCAGGCAACAUACUGUUUAUUUUUAUCAUCCAUCAGGCAACAUACUGUAUAUUUUUAUAAUCCAUCAGACAACAUACUGUAUAUUUUUAUCAUCCAUCAGGCAACAUACUGUAUAUUUUUAUCAUCCAUCAGACAACAUACUGUAUAUUUUUAUCAUCCAUCAGGCAACAUACUGUAUAUUUUUAUAAUCCAUCAGACAACAUACUGUAUAUUUUUAUCAUCCAUCAAGCAACAUACUGUAUAUUUUUAUCAUCCAUCAGACAACAUACUAUAUAUUUUUAUCAUCCAUCAAACAACAUAUUGUUUAUUUUUAUCAUCCAUCAGGCAACAUACUAUAAAUAUUUAUCAUCCAUCAGACAACAUACUGUAUAUAUUUAUCAUCCAUCAGACAUAA